AUUUGAAAAAGGUCAAAACGACAUGUCGCGCAUUCUGUGCGCAAGAAGUUCGCAACAACGUGAAGAACAAGGAUUAAGUUUACUAUUACCCUUGUGGUUGGCCAUUUUGACCUCCACAUGCCAUGCCUUCAACUGCAUCGUCCCCUACAACACAAACAUCUUUCGACCAUAACAUCAUCUCUGUCUCUUCCAUUUCUGUCUUUCUCCCCAGAACACAACAUGUACACCCUCUAUCACUUUCUUCCCACCAUCUUUCUUUCAUCCCUAGUUUUCAGUUUCAGACGCAAAUGUAUAUUUCCCUCUGUAUAGUUCCUAUAUAUACAAAAGGGACCUCGACUAUUUAUAACAAACACUCAAAAGCUUGUCACCUCAUAGGAUAACAUGAUUCUUAAUAAAGAAAAUGAAAAAGCUUUCUCUUUUCCAAUACCAUUCUCCCACCUCAAAUUGCUCUUCCUUUUUCCACCGCAACUUUUGCUCCCGUCCCAUUUCGACCACAAUAUUAACAAUCCAACUUUCACCAACAACUUGUCGUCGUCGUCGUCCUUGUUAUCUUUCCUUGGGGAAAUCAUGCGGCGGAGACCCCGCACCACCUUCAUUGUCUCCAUACUCUCCAUUAUCACCUUCGCUUCGUUCUCUCUUUAUUUCUCUCGCAAUGCCAUUUCCACUUGGCAACCUUACUCCGACAUCCCAAAAGCAAAUUUAAAAGCCUUCAAAAAUGCAUUCCUUCUUAACACCACCGCCAACAGCAACAACAAGAAUGUCGUCGAGAGUAACAACGUUAGCCAACUCACCCGCCAAACACGUCGUGUAUCCUCUGUCAAGGACUCCUUAUCCACCGUCUCCGUUCUCAUCCCCGAUUGGGAGAUUCUCGUCAUCGUUGUCGUAAGCACGCCUUUCUCCUCCUCCCACCAAUAUCAUUGCCUCUUCCCCAACAAGGCCAGGUCUUUGGCCAGAUUCUCCGGCGUCUUACCUUACACCAAUCGCCCCACCUUCAAGUGCGACAUGCCGGAAUCCGUCCGGCGACAUCGCAUGUUCUCCCAGCCGACGCUUGUGACGGGAACAUCAGAGACGGAGUUGCUGAAACCAAUGCCUCAACUCAUGAAGUGGAACUUUCUCGUGUUCGAGUCUUUCUCCACGGAAAAUGAUGUUGUUGUUUUCGCCAAAGGGGUUAACCAUCGCAAUGGAUACGACAGGUCUCCGGGGGAACUCCGCUGCGUUUUUGACUUUGGAAAUGGAGUUCGUACCGCCGUCACGAGCUCCGUCCAAGAAGUGUUUCGUUGCCCCCACCCAGACUUUGAGCCGAUUUUAGAUUCUUAUUAUGGGUUGCCCCAGAGAAUCGGAAUCUCCCUUGAGAUCGUUGCGGAAAAUACCGUUGUCCCUUCGGUGGCGUAUUACAUUCCUAGCUCUAAGCCCAAGCUCGACGCCUGCACAAGGAGACUCGGUGAGGCACAACCCAAAUAUGUCUUAUGUGCCUGCACCAUGGUUCACAACGUGGCAAAAUUCUUACGAGAAUGGGUUAUGUAUCAUUCGAAAGUUGGUGUGGAUAAUUUCAUCUUAUACGACAAUGGAAGCGAUGAUGAUUUGUACAGUUUGAUCAGGGAGCUCCGACAAGAAGGGUACAACAUUAGCACUGUGUUUUGGAUCUGGCCAAAGACUCAAGAAGCCGGGUUUUCCCACAGUGUCGUGUACUCCAAAUCAAAGGCACUGUGUAAAUGGAUUAUGUACGUGGAUGUUGACGAGUUCGUGUUUUCUCCCUCUUGGGGACAUGAAAGCAACCCUUCGUUAAAAUCAUUGCUACCACACAAACAGCCAUUAGAAGAAGGAACAAGGAACAAGGUGGGACAAGUGUCGAUGAAAUGUUUGGAAUUUGGGCCUUCGGGUCAACGAAGACACCCAGAGGAAGGUGUGACGCAGGGGUACACGUGUCGGAUGAGGGCGGAGCAGAGGCACAAAUCAAUGGUGAUGGUGGAUGCGGUGGACCCCAGUUUGAGGAACGUGAUACACCAUUUUUAUGUGAACGAAAAGGAAGGGUUCGUGUCGAAGCAGGUUAGCUUGGAAGAGGGUUUGGUGAAUCACUACAAGUAUCAAGCAUGGGAUGAGUUCAAGAACAAGUUCCGAAGGAGGGUUUCUGCUUAUGUUGUCGAUUGGAAACAAGAGUUGAACCCAACCUCAAAGGAUAGAACUCCUGGGUUGGGAUUCAAACCCAUAGAACCCGAAGAUUGGACACAAAGAUUCUGUGAAGUUACAGACCUGAGGUUGAAGUUCUUGACCCGAAAAUGGUUCCGGUUGCUCACGCCCAACGGCUACAGAAUGGCAUGGCAAAACCGAUGAUGAUUCCUGUUUCGACACAAACACCAUAGCUUUUAUGGUACAGUGAUAAAUUUAUUCAGAAUCAUCGCCUCCUUUUGUUUACAUGUCACAUUCAGAAAAAAACUAGAAAGGUUUGAGGUAUAUAUAUUUCGUGUGGCAUUGUUGUUCCACUUUUCAUUUUCUAUUCCUCAAUUUUUUUAUACGAGGAAUGGAAUUUUCGGAGGAACUGUCGUUGUUCCAUUUUCUUUCACUUUCUUCAAUUUUGACAU